UCUAUCUAUCUCUCUCUCUCUCCUUAUCCAGACCACAAGAACCAAACAAAACUUCAGAAGAAUUCUUAAAAGCCAAUCAGAAGCUAGUGAAGCAUCAAAAGCUCACACACAAAAAAAAAAAUGGCGUCUCUUCUGGGAACUUCUUCAAUACGUGCGUCUCCUUCUCUCUCGUCUUCUUCUUCUUCUUCUUCUUCCUCAACACCUUCGAUCUCUCCCAUUUGCUUCAGGCCAGGGAGAAUCUGUGGAAGAGUGUUAAAUGCAGGAAUCCAAAUAAGGCCAAAGAAGAACAGGUCUCGUCACCAUGUCUCUGUCAUGAAUGUAGCCACAGAAAUCAACUCCACUGAACAACAAGUAGGGAAGUUUGAUUCAAAGAAGAGUGCAAGGCCAGUUUAUCCAUUUGCAGCUAUUGUAGGCCAAGAUGAGAUGAAGCUAUGUCUUUUGUUGAAUGUCAUUGAUCCCAAGAUCGGUGGUGUGAUGAUAAUGGGAGAUCGAGGAACCGGGAAGUCCACAACCGUCAGGUCUUUAGUCGAUCUCUUACCCGAGAUUACGGUUGUUGCAGGCGACCCUUACAACUCUGACCCUUUAGACCCUGAGUUCAUGGGCGUUGAGGUAAGAGAGAGAGUCGAAAGAGGAGAGCAGGUUCCCGUCAUUGCCACCAAGAUCAACAUGGUUGACCUUCCACUGGGUGCGACUGAAGAUAGAGUUUGUGGAACUAUCGAUAUCGAAAAGGCGUUAACAGAAGGUGUCAAAGCCUUUGAGCCUGGUCUGUUGGCUAAAGCCAACAGAGGGAUACUCUACGUUGAUGAAGUCAAUCUCCUGGAUGAUCAUUUGGUUGAUGUGCUUCUUGAUUCCGCUGCUUCUGGUUGGAACACAGUUGAGAGGGAAGGGAUCUCGAUCUCUCACCCUGCGAGGUUUAUCUUGAUUGGUUCUGGGAAUCCUGAGGAAGGAGAGCUGAGGCCGCAGCUUCUUGAUCGGUUCGGUAUGCACGCUCAAGUAGGGACAGUUAGAGAUGCUGAAUUACGAGUCAAGAUUGUUGAGGAGAGAGCAAGGUUUGAUAGUGACCCGAAGGAGUUUCGUGAUACUUACAAAACCGAGCAGGACAAGCUUCAAGAUCAGAUUUCAAAUGCUAGAAGCUGUCUUUCCUCUGUUCAGAUUGAUAGGGAGCUGAAGGUGAAGAUCUCUAAGGUGUGUUCGGAGCUUAAUGUCGAUGGGUUGAGAGGAGACAUUGUGACUAACAGAGCAGCGAAAGCACUUGCGGCUUUGAAAGGGAAAGAUAGAGUGACUGCAGAUGAUGUUGCAACUGUUAUACCUAACUGCUUAAGGCACCGUCUCAGGAAAGAUCCGUUGGAGUCUAUUGACUCAGGAGUUUUGGUUUCUGAGAAAUUCGCUGAGGUUUUCAGCUGAAUAGGAGAAGAGGUUCUGUUAUCAUUUUCUUUUUAACUUUUGUAAAAUGUGAGAAGAAGCUGAAACAAUGAACAGGCAAAUCUGAUUCUAUGAUUGAAUAUGUAGUUGUUCUUUUCUCCAUUAA